CUCAAACCCUGAGAUACCGAAGACUGAAGUUGCAGAUGUAUUUUUCCUUUCUUCCCUUAUUUUCUUCACCUGAAAGUAGUUCACUUUUAGUUCCAAAUGCAUCCACUAUGAUUUCUUCUGUUUCAACUAAAGUAACAGACGAAAUACGAAAAGAUGCGAUAUCGAAAGGUGCUUAUGGACACGCAGUUUUCAAUUAACAACCCGUGGAUUCAUGCGUUUUCUCAUUUGGAAACCCACCUUGAAGCGGAACAGGUUGGGUGUGAUUGGGGAAUAUACCAGAGAAAGAGAUAGGGAUUCAAUGACUUGUUGGACUAGAAGACUGUUAAGAUAUAAGGAAAGCCUCAAUGACUUGUUGGAGAAGAAGACUGUUAAGUGUGUCAUCUGUGAGAAAGGAGCUGUGGAUAGAAAACUGCACGUCCCCAUCAUCCAAGAGAUAUAUAUGUACACCGAAUGUAGUUGACACAGGUUAUCAAACUUUAAAGUCUCCCUCCAUUGUUUCUCUGGAUUCUACAGAUGUCUGGGAUUCUGGGCGAAUCUAUUCUGGUUUGUCAUUUGUUCAAGCUUCAUAUGAUGAUAGCAUAGCUAAUAAAAUUGAUGGGCAUUUGAUCGCUGAAGAAAUUCGGCGGGGCAUUGCAUCUGAAAUAAGCCGCAUGAAGGCUUCCAUUGGAGAAGUACCUGGAUUGGCUGUAGUGUUGGUUGGUCAGAGGAGGGAUUCACAGACUUAUGUUCGUAACAAGAUUUUAGCCUGUGAAGAGGUUGGGAUCAAUUUCGAGCUGACUGAGUUUCCCGAGAAUUGUACUGAAGAUGAUAUCUGUCACGCCUUGAUGAGGUUUAAUAAUGAUACUUCCAUACAUGGUAUCCUCGUGCAGUUGCCUUUGCCUCAACAUUUGAAUACGGGGAGAAUCUUGGAUGUAAUACGCCUUCGGAAGGAUGUAGAUGGUGUACAUCCAUUGAAUAUUGGUCAUUUGGCUUUGCAGGGUAGAGAACCCUUGUUUAUUCCGUGCACUCCGAAGGGAUGCAUCGAGUUACUUCUAAGAUCAAAUGUCGAAAUUGAGGGAAAGCAUGCGGUUGUUAUAGGGAGGAGCAACAUUGUUGGAUUACCAAUGUCUCUGCUGUUGCAGAGAUACCAUGCAACAGUAAGUAUUGUGCAUGCAUUUACUAAAAACCCUGAGGAAAUUACCCGGAAAGCUGAUAUUCUAGUUGCCGGAGCUGGAGUGCCUAAUUUAGUACGUGGAAGUUGGAUAAAGCCUGGCGCUUUUGUGAUCGAUGUUGGGACAAAUGCUAUUGAGGAUCCAGACAGUGAAAAUGGUUAUAGAUUAAUCGGAGAUGUUUGCUAUGAGGAAGCUGUGAAGGUAGCUUCAGCAGUCACUCCAGUUCCAGGAGGUGUUGGACCUAUGACAGUUGCUAUGUUGCUAUACAAUACUCUUGAAUCAGCAAAACGUAUUUUCAAGUUUUGAAAUUUAGGAACAAGUGUAACCCUGGAAUAUAUCUGGUACAUAUAUUCUGGCCAGUUCUCCUUUUUGCAUAUUCAAUAUGAAUCUUAUCUCUGUAUAUUUUGGUUUUGGUAUGAUAUGGAACUUGAAAUGCAGCACAUCAUUUUCAAAAUCUUGUAUUUAGUCAUAUAUUAGAAACAGGGUUCUGUCUCUUUAACAACUAUUAUUGUAUCUUAUGACAUAGACACUGCCAAGCAUAACUGUUAAUAUCCAUGCGUCUGGAGUGUUCAAUGAGAAGGCUCUGGAGUACCUUUGGGAAAGAAGGUGUUGAAGAAGCGUUCUGCGAGCAAUUGAUUUGCAGCAUCUGAUGGAUGGAAGGCAUCCCAAAAUACAUAAUCUCCUCUUUUACUGCAUACCUUGGAGUUUGGGGCGCAAAGCCCGCCAAUAGUUGUAUUCACGUUGCAGCAUGAUGUUGUGGAGUCCUUAAAACCUGUGGAAAGCAUAAUUGAUGUUAACAUACUAAUGCAGUUACUAAUGUGCUGGGUUUUGAAGGAAUUGAGUUACCAUAUGCUGUGGGGUUCUCUAUCAAGUCCAAGACAUCUUGAUAUGUGUCUGCAAAUGUUAGUUUGGCUGAUGGGAGAUGUCCAUUUAGGUUGGACAUUAAGCUUUUUACUUUGGAAUUGAAUUCUUGUACCCAUUGGUUCACUUGGUUUAAGCACAUGCCCCUCUUUGAUUUUGCCCUCUGGGACGGGAUGCAGCCUAGGGGACCAAGGCCAUGAAAGACUAUUUUUCUUGCUCCAAGUUGGUACAGAGUCUGGCAAACCAUUAUUGCAAGUUUUGCAACGAAUCAGAAGCCUGCUACCUGUAUUUUUACAGUAGUUUCGAAGUGGUAAUCUCAUGGAAUAAAACAAAAUGGUUACUCACAGUUAAUUGUUCGGCCAAAGUUGAGGUUAGAAGUUCCACAAAGUCAUCAUGUGUGUACUGCUGACUAUCUGCUAAGAAAGGCUGAAGGUAAUUGUUCACGUAGUCAUUGCUACCUGGAAAUUCAGCCAGAAAGAAUGUCAAAGACAUGUAAAUAUCAGAUUAGAAUUCGCAGUUGCUUCUGAUUUCGGAACCAGAAAUUGGGUAGUGUUGAGUUGUGGGACAAAUGCUAGCAGAAUGUGAAGGCCAGAAAUAGAACGUUUGUUAGGAUAAAUGAAGGUAAGUACCGAGCCCAAUAAAAUAGAAGGCUUCAUUGCAAAGCUUGUUUGCAGACUCUUCUCCAAUUUUGUUCUUGAUUGCUUCCUUUGUCUUCUUGAACAGAUUGAUUUGAUCAUCAAAUGAUAACCUCUCAAUCUGAAUUCACAGGAGGGAAGAUUAGUCAAGCAUAUCAAAACCAUGUUCAGAUUAACUGAAAAAGAAGAAUAAAGGCUUGGGAGGUUUACAAAGUAAAGGCCUGUUUCAUUGAGGAUCCCAGCUCCACCAGAGGCAUAGUUUACACCCUUGAGGAGUGCAUCAUCUGUUGGCGAUAAAGAAAGGUAAGGAGGAGUUGGUGGAAUGCCCAGCUUUGUAGC